CAACCUCCACAACACACCGAGAUUAUACGGAACGGACGUGUUCGGGUUCAACAGCGACUACGUUGGUGGGCUGGUACUGAUUUUCGGUCCUUUCCUUCUAAUAGCGUUGAUUCUGGGUCUCUUGAGUCUCUUUAUCUUCUUCAAGUGCGGUUCCUGCCCACCCAAAUGUGCGUAUCGCAAAUCACGCUACCCGACAACUCGAAAACAGGCCACGUGUAUGUCCGGAUGCUUUGUAGUCACUCUGGCCUUGUGUCUGGCCGGUGCUGGACUGGCGAUAUAUGGAAGUAUUAUGUUGAAGGGGUCUGUGACAGAGAGCAACGAAACCGUCGGCAAGACCAACGCAUACCUCGGACAGGUGGAGCAGAUGUCGUUCACAGCGUACACGUCUAUAGCUGAGAUUGAAGGGCGGAUCGAUCGGAUUCAGGCUCUGUGUCCGGGACAAGUCGCCGGUGAUUUAGCUGGAUCGAGGUCUGUGCUACAAGAACUGUUCCAGUUCACAUUCGAUCUGUACGAGUCUAUUGAAGGAUUACCCGCGGCGAUCACAGACGGACAGGAAAUCCUUGAGAAUGUGAACACAUGGCAGUUUAUGGUCAUCAUCGCAUUCCUCUCGGUGUGCAUUGUGCUGCUACUGCUGUUCACCACACUACUGUUUAUGGGUACGUCCAAGUCUGAUACUAUGUCUAUGAAACAUUCCUACUUCCGCCAUUACGGGCGUGUAUUAUGA